GUCGCAGAAAGAGUCUCAGCUCCCCAACCCUGCACACUGCAUUUCUCCUUUUUUUUUUCUUAUCAUGAAGAGACAAAACGCCAGGACUCUCGCCCUCAUCAUCAGCAUCCUCACCUACCUGGUGGUCGGGGCGGCCGUCUUCGAGACUCUGGAGUCCAAGCAGGAGAAGAGUCACAAGAGGAAGCUCGACGCCCGAAAGUACGAACUCAUGCGCAAAUACAACUUGACCAAAGAGAACUUCGAGGAGCUGGAGCACGUCGUCUUACAGCUCAAACCUCACAAAGCAGGAAUCCAGUGGAAAUUCUCCGGGUCCUUUUACUUCGCCAUCACUGUGAUUACGACAAUAGGUUACGGCCAUGCAGCACCCAGCACCGACUCAGGGAAAGUCUUCUGCAUGUUCUACGCCCUCCUGGGCAUCCCGCUCACCCUGGUCAUGUUCCAGAGCCUGGGUGAGCGGAUCAAUACGUUCGUCAGGUACCUGCUGCACCAAGCCAAGAAGUGCCUGGGAAUGCGUCACGCCGAGGUCUCCAUGGCAAACAUGGUGACGGUGGGCUUCUUCUCUUGCAUGAGCACGUUGUGCGUCGGGGCCAUGGCGUUCUCCCACUGCGAGGGGUGGAGCUUCCUCCACGCCUUUUACUACUGCUUCAUCACGCUCACCACCAUCGGUUUCGGGGACUACGUGGCUCUGCAGAGGGACGACGCGCUGCAGAACGACCCCCGUUACGUGGCUUUCUGCUUCGUCUACAUCCUGACGGGCCUGACGGUGGUUGGAGCCUUCCUGAACCUGGUGGUGCUUCGCUUCCUGACCAUGAACACCGAGGACGAGCGAAGGGACGCCAAGCAGAGGGCCCUGACGUCCGUCGGCAAGCCCAGAGGAGAGGUGGCUCGUCUGCUACCGAUCUCAGCCUCGACCUCUUCCACACCUGUAGCAGACGACUCCACGAAGGCGAAAGAUUUAAAAGGUGUCUACACAGAGGUGCUGCAUUUCCAGACUAUAUGCUCCUGCUUGUGGUACAGGAGCAAGGAGAAGCUGCGGGGCUCCAUACCCACCAUGAUCCCUCAGGAGCACACCUUCUCGGACGCCUACAUGCAGCAGAACAGCAACUGUCCUCAUUACGUGGAGCCCGGGUCCACAGGCUGCGUUUGCAGUCCACAUCAGUGUUCCAGCAUAAGCUCCAUAACAUCGGGCCUACACAUUCUCUCUCCGUUCAGGAUGUUUAAGAGACGCAGCUCCGUCUAGCCUCUCAAUACAGCAAAUUUGAGUACAGCCCGGAUACAGAUACUUGGCAGUCUUCACAGCAAAAGAUAUGACUGCAAGUACAGAAGAUGUUUGUGGUGCUAGAAUCCCAGUAAACAGUGGGACACGCAAAAGGGGGGAAAGCACAUAGAAUACUGUAAACAGCAAAGUCUUACUCAAAUAUGUGUUUUGAGAAAGUGCCGCAAGCAAGUUUUGACUUGAGGUCUUAACAGUAGGAAGUCAUCUCGGUCGCUACACGUCAACACGCUGCAGUACACGAGGUAUGCAGGUUACACAACUCGCAGGGGACGGCAGAGCGGCAGGACAAGUUCACGUUGAGUCAGACAAUGAUAUGGCAAGAUGAAAAGAAAAUGAACACCUCUUACACAACAGCUCUGCAGUAAAUUCCAAUUUAGGGUUUUUGUUCAUCUCAAAGGUGCUGAUACAACUCGGGCCUUAUUUCUUAAAGUGUGUAGAGUUUUUAGACGUUUUCCUUCAUAGUAUUUGUGACUGAUGCAGCACCAAUUCAUACAACGACUUUCUGGUUUCAUUUCAAGGCAGAGCUGGUAAGGUUGAAAAGCUAGCAAGAUUUGAAAGUAGCAGAUUUUAAGUUUUACUUCACGUCUCAAUCACCGGUAAGCCAACACCUAAUAUUAUAAUACAGAAUGACUAUUGUAAGCAAUGCGGCUGCGAUGCACUAUGAGCUCAGGCUCGGGGGGAGAGUAUGCGCAGCUGGGCAAGGAGGCAUUUCAUUGGUUCUUUCCAAGCGGACCGCGAGGCAAUGAUUGGUGGCCGUUUUUUAACAGGAUUACAGC